GUAAACACAACCGACCUUGACACAGUUAAUAUAAAUAUCAAUUGAUAUCAUAAAUAUGUAGCCUGUUUGGUGGAAAGUUAAGGAUUAUUGUAACCUGUCAAGCGUCCAAAAUGUUUGCCGGAAGAUCAGUCCUUACUAAAUUUCUUAGCAGGUGUGUAAAUGCAGCUUCUCUCAACGUUGGAAAACUUGAAAGCCAUUUGAAAUUCUCUUCAUCUGCUAAAAAGAUGUUCAGGUAUUCAGAACUAUCUUCGUCAGCUGUAGAGACAGAUAGUCAAUCAAAAUUCCAGUUAUCCAGUGUAAAAUCUAAUACCCAAACAAAAGUAUGGAGACAACUCGGUAAUCUCGAAACGCUGUUCUAUAAAGAUUUAAAGUUCAUUCAAGGCAUGUUUAUGCUGUCUUGCAAGAAUACAGUUGAUGUGAAUCAGAUACGUUCGGCUUUCGAAAUAUUAACAUCGAGUCACCCACUGAUGCGCAUGUCUGUACAAGAACGAGACACUGUACUUUAUUUUGUUGAGGUUGAAAAUAUGUCAACAGAGAUACGUAUUGAAAACAAUAAUGACUAUGAGGCUGUUAUGGGAGAUGAGUAUACUAGUUUGCAGUCAGCCAGUACUAGACGGUUGUGGAUGUUUACAUGGCUUAAACCACUGCAAAAUACAGAAGAUAAUACUUUUCGUUUUAUAUUUUCAAUAAAUCACUGUAUAGCCGAUUUUCAAUACUACUAUCUGAUUCUUGUUGAUUUCUUGGAAAUUAUGAAAGAUCUACAGAAUGGUUCAGAUGCUGUUCAACAAAGAUCAAAGUUCACUUAUCAUCCACCAAUAGAACAGAUUCUUACAUAUCCAGAAGAUAGGAGGAUCAUUGGAAAUAAUUCAACCAAAACUUUUAAUAACAUUACGUCAUUGCAAGCUUAUGAGAAUUAUUUUAAACAAGAAAUAGCACAUUUGGCAAAAGCCAAAAGAAUAUUUGCUGCCAGCUGCCGUAGAAAAUUGGAUCUCGAAACUUCUCACAGAUUUAUUUCAAAAUGCAAGACCGAAUCCGUAUCAGUCACAUCAGCAAUGUUGGCAGCGAGUGUCAUUUCCUUUUGUAAACUUCUGAGAAUGAAAGGAUGUCGGGAUACUGUUACAGUACAGCUCGUAUUUGCAGUCGAUCUACGUAAAUACAUUAACAACAGUGUAGAAUUUUAUGCGGGUAUGGCUGUAGUGUUGUGUCCUGUUGUAGUAGAUAUGGAUGUCUCUUUGGUUGAGUCGGUAGGGGAUGGAUUUUGGAAAUUUUCUAGAUGCGUUAAAGGUCAAGUCUCAGAUACCAUUAAGAACAGAAAACCAUUGGAUAUUCUAUAUGGAGACAUUGAAACCUAUGUGAAAAAUGGAAGAAAACGCGGGAAGUCCGAUUGUGUUAUUACAUUAUCUAAUAUCGAAAACGUAGGUCUGGAAUUGGAACAGAAUGACAAUUUUCAAUUGAUAGAUUUCCAGAUGAUAUCGGAUAUAAGAAUUGAUUAUUGUCCAAUAUUUAUGAUGUUGACACACGUGUUCAACGGAAUCUUACAUCUUGGCGUCGCAUAUGAAUCGUCUUAUACAUCAUCAGAGACUGUAGAAAGAUUUACAGAUGAAAUCCAAAAAGUUUUAAUCAAAAGUAUUCAUUGAAAAAUACAUCUUCGCUAGCCAAGGGUUACGAUCCACUUCCCUCCUCUCCAAAAUAUAACAGAAAUAGAUACUGACAGUGUUUAAUCUGCAAUCAAAGUUAACUAUCUUUUUUAAGUACAGCAUGAUGUUUUCAAGGAAAGUUUUAGCCAUGUGGAUAAUUGUUCAAUCCAUCAGAACAAACGAUGAACUAAAUAAUUUGUACGCUGUCGAAUCUUAAUGUUCAAGAUUGUAAAGCGGUCUGUUAAAAAUAUAAAUUAGUAGUU